CCAUGGCUGUCUUAUUCCUCCUCCUUCUGUGCCUAUAUGGGCUCACCCAGGCUGCUGCAGACAACAUCCAGGCCAUCUAUGUGGCACUGGGGGAGGCAAUGGAGCUGCCAUGUCCUUCACCACCCACCCUGCAUGGAGACGAAUUCCUGUCCUGGUUCCGCAGUCCUGCAACAGGCUCCUCCACUGCUUUAGUGGCCCAUGUCCAAGUAGCCAGGCCAGCCCCAGACCCUGGGAAGCCCGGAAGGGAAUCCAGGCUCAAACUCCUGGGAAACAACUCUUUGUGGCUGGAAGGGUCCAAGGAGGGAGACGCUGGGAGGUACUGGUGUGCUGUGCUGGGUCAGCGCCACAAGUACCAGAACUGGAGGGUGUAUGAUGUCUCCGUUCUCAGAGGAUCCCAGUUCUCUGCGAGGGCUGCAGAUGGAUCCCCCUGCUCUAUCCUCCUGUGCUCUGUGGUCCCUGCCAGACGCCUGGACUCUGUGACCUGGCUGGAGGGGAAGGGUCCUGUGAGGGGGCGUGUGCAGUCCUUCUGGGGUGAUGGGGCUGCCCUGCUCUUGGUGUGUCCUGGGAAGGGGCUUCCUGAGCCCAGGGGACGUAGACCAAGAAACAUCCGCUGCCUCAUGCCUCAGAACAAAGGGGUCAGCUUUAGCCUGGCAGCCCCCAUGGAUGCCUCCCCUGCCCUCUGUGCCCCUUCCACGGAGUGGGAUGCGCCCUGGAUCCUGAUGCUGUUGCUCACAGUGGGCCAGGGGUUCGCCAUCGUGGUCCUCAGCGUCAUGCUCUGGAGGCUGAGGGUCCAGGGGACCCUGCACAGAAAUGCCUCGUUUCCUCAGUUCAAACCCGAGAUCCAGGUCUACGAGAACAUCCAUUUGGCCCAUCUCAGGUGA